AUGCUGGCUGGACUGACACUGACACAGGACUCAAAGAUGCAAGUCGACAGCCCCGCUGCUGCAGUCGAGCAGCUGAAGGAGGCGAACGGGGAGAUUGAUGAGUCGCUAUACAGCAGACAGCUCUACGUUCUGGGCCAUGAGGCCAUGAAGCGCAUGGGCUCGUCCAACAUCCUCGUCGUUGGCCUGCGCGGCCUUGGCGUUGAGAUCGCAAAGAACAUUGCUCUCGCAGGUGUCAAGAGCUUGACCCUUUACGACCCUAAGCCCACCCAGAUCCAGGACUUGUCGUCGCAGUUCUUCCUCCACCCCGAAGACGUCGGCAAGCCGCGUGCCCAAGUCACCGUUCCUCGCGUCUCCGAGCUCAACCCUUACACCCCUGUGAACCCUCUCAAGUCAUCCUCCAUCACCGACGACCUCGAUCAACUCAAGGACUUCCAAUGCAUUGUCCUCACCGAUACCCCUCUCAAGGACCAGCUCCUCAUCUCAGAUUACUGCCACAAGAAUGGCAUCUACCUCGUCGUGGCCGACACGUUCGGUCUGUUUGGUACCAUCUUCACCGACUUUGGUAAGAACUUCACAAUUGGCGACUACAACGGCGAGAAUCCUGUCAGCGGCAUCGUUGCCGACAUUGACUCGGACGGCAUCGUCUCGGCUCUGGAUGAGACAAGACACGGUCUGGAAGAUGGCGACUUUGUUACCUUCACCGAAGUCGAGGGCAUGGACGCCCUGAACGACUCGGCCCCUCGCAAGAUCACCGUCAAGGGCCCCUACACCUUCUCCAUCGGAGAUGUCUCUGAUCUUGGUAACUACAAGCGUGGCGGCCUUUACACUCAGGUCAAAAUGCCCAAAUUCCUCGACUUCGAGCCUCUCAGCCAGCAAUUGAAGAAGCCUGAGCUGAUGAUGUCCGACUUUGCCAAAUUCGACCGCCCCGCCCAGCUCCACGUUGGCUUCCAAGCCCUCCACGCUUUCAACGACAAGCACGGCCACUUCCCCAAGCCUCACAACGAACAGGACGCCGCUGAGCUCCUCAAGCUCGCACAGGAAUUGGCAGGCUCCGGUGAUGAGAAGGUCGAGCUGGACGAGAAGGUCAUCCGUGAGUUGUCAUACCAGGCUCAGGGUGAUCUCAGUCCUAUGGCCGCCUUCUUCGGUGGUCUCGCUGCUCAGGAAGUCCUCAAGUCUGUCUCUGGAAAGUUCCACCCUAUCGUUCAGUGGCUCUACUUUGAUGCUCUGGAAGCUGUCCCUACCUCUGUCAAGCGUUCCGAAGAGCUUUGCAAGCCUACUGGUACUCGUUAUGAUGGCCAAAUCGCCGUGUUUGGUAAGGAGUUUCAAGAGAAGCUCGCCAACAACCAACAAUUCCUGGUCGGUGCUGGAGCCAUUGGCUGCGAGAUGCUGAAGAACUGGGCGAUGAUUGGUCUCGCAACUGGACCCAAGGGCAAGAUCACCGUCACAGACAUGGAUCAAAUCGAACGUAGCAACCUGAACAGACAGUUCCUCUUCAGAUCAAAGGAUGUCGGUCAGCUCAAGAGCGAGUCUGCCACAAGAGCCGUCCAGGCCAUGAACCCCGACCUCAAGGGCAAGAUCGAGUCCAUGAAGGAUCGUGUUGGUCAGGAUACCGAGCACUUGUUCAACGAGGACUUCUGGAACGGUCUCGACGGUGUGACCAACGCCCUCGACAACGUCGAUGCUCGUACCUAUGUCGACCGCAGAUGCGUCUUCUUCCAGAAGCCCCUUUUGGACAGCGGCACUCUCGGUACAAAGGGCAACACUCAGGUUGUUCUUCCCAGAAUCACGGAAUCCUACUCCAGCUCGCAAGAUCCACCUGAGCAGUCCUUCCCCAUGUGUACCCUGCGCAGUUUCCCCAACCGCAUCGAGCACACCAUCGCUUGGGCGAAGGAUCUCUUCCACACAUACUUCGCUGGACCCGCCGAAAUUGUCAACGCAUACAUCACUCAGCCUGACUACCUUGGCGCCGCGUUGAAGCAGUCUGGUAACGAGAAGCAAACUCUUGAAACCUUGAAGGAGUUCCUUGUGACCGACAAGCCCGAAACCUACGAGGAUUGUAUCAAGUGGGCCAGAUCGCAAUUCGAGAAGCAGUACAACAACGCAAUCCAGCAGCUCUUGUACAACUUUCCCAAGGACGCAAAGACUUCCAGUGGUCAGCCCUUCUGGUCAGGACCCAAGCGCGCUCCCGACCCGUUGAAGUACGACCCAAAUAACGACACUCACUUCACCUUCAUCCUCUCCGCUGCCAAUCUCCAUGCCUUCAACUACGGUAUCCCUCAGAAGGGAACCAAGGACAAGGCCGAGAUUGAUCAGCUCGUCAACGACAUGAUCAUUGAGGACUUCAAGCCCGAUGCGAAUGUCAAGAUCCAAGCCAAUGAGAACGAGCCUGACCCGAACGGUCCUGCAGCAUCGAUGGACGACAACGACGAGCUUGAUCAGAUUGUCAAGUCACUGCCUUCGCCGAAGACUCUGGGUGACUUCAAGCUGACCCCUGUUGAAUUCGAGAAGGAUGACGACUCAAACUUCCACAUCGACUUCAUCACUGCUGCCAGCAAUUUGCGUGCUGAGAACUACAAGAUUGUGAACGCUGACCGCCACAAGACCAAGUUCAUUGCAGGCAAGAUUAUCCCCGCCAUUGCAACCACCACCGCUCUGGUGACUGGUCUCGUGGUUCUGGAGCUGUUCAAGAUCAUCGAUGGCAAGGACGACAUUGAGCAAUACAAGAAUGGCUUCAUCAACCUGGCCCUACCAUUCUUCGGCUUCUCCGAGCCCAUUGCCUCACCCAAGGGCAAAUACCAGGGAAAGAACGGCGAAGUUGUGAUUGACAAGCUCUGGGACCGCUUCGACACCGAGGACGUUACUCUUGAGCAGUUCCUCAAGGACUUUGCUGAUAAGGGUCUGGAAAUCACUAUGAUCAGCUCUGGAGUGAGCUUGCUAUACGCCAGCUUCUACCCAGCUGCCAAGAACAAGGACAGGCUGCCUCUCAGGCUGAGCGAACUCGUCGAAACCAUCAGCAAGAAGCCCAUCCCCGAGCACCAGAAGAACGUCAUCUUCGAGAUCACUGCUGAGGAUACCACGGAAGAAGACGUGGAGAUUCCCUUCGUGCAAUUGACCCUUCGAAAGUAG